GCCGUCUGGGAUAGCUUUGACGGGCACUUAUGGCCGCCAUGAUGGAUUUUCAGAAAAUUUUGUGAUAAAUGAAUUUAUUAUCAGGUUUUGGAGUACUAUUUUGAGACAAAAACUAUUCAAUAGGGUUAAGUGAUGUGUACUGUAACUUGGUAUAUUUCUUAAUAUGCUUUAUUGGUGCACGUAAGACGUUUAAGUCGUUCCAGAAGGAAGGCAACGACGUGGACGAAGCUCAUUAGCAUAAACGAGGUCAGCAAGAUGAGCAAGGUUUCGUUUAGGGCUAGGGCGCUGGACGCCACGAAGCCCAUGCCUGUUUACAGAGCAGAAGAGAUUCCCGACCUCCCAGAUUUUGCAAAUAUAAACAGAUCGGUACCUGCUAUGCCGACCGGGAUGGAGAAAGAGGAAGAAACGGAACAUCAUCUCCAGAGAUACCUAUCAGCCCAACAAGUUUAUGGUACUGCAGAUGCUCUUGUCAUUCCUAUACCUGAUGUUGAGACCAUUAAAGAAGAUUAUGAUAAAUUGUAUAAAGGAGAAUUUAAGCCCACUAAGCAGUAUAUUCAUAUCCAGGCAUGUGGUAUGGAACAAGAAAUACCUGAUUAUGACAUGGAUAGUGAGGAUGAAUCCUGGGUAGAACAUCAGAGUAAGAAGAUGGAAAUCUCUGCACUCAAGUUUGAAGAGAUGAUGGACAGACUAGAAAAGGGGAGUGGUCAACAGGUUGUAACACUGCAGGAAGCCAAACUUUUGCUCAAGGAAGAUGAUGAUCUCAUUAUAGCUGUGUACGACUAUUGGCUGAACAAACGUUUACGCUUGGCCCAUCCUUUGAUACUUCAAGUGAAAACAGAAAAAAGAGAUGGAUCAACUACUAAUAAUCCCUAUGUUGCAUUCAGAAGGAGAACAGAAAAGAUGCAGACUAGAAAGAACAGGAAGAAUGAUGAAACAUCUUAUGAAAAAAUGUUGAAAUUAAGACGAGAUCUUAACAGAGCUGUAACACUGUUGGAAAUGAUCAAAAGAAGAGAGAAGACAAAGAAAGAAAUGGUUCAGUUAACAAUAGAGGUAGUAGAUAAAAGGUAUGCAGCAGAAGAUUAUGAAGGUAAAAUGUUGGAAGAAGCAGAAGCAUUAAGACACAAAAUGCCAUCUUUUUUAUCACCAUAUACCUAUGGAGGAGGUUGGAGUCAGGAGGAAAUAGGGGUUAAAAAGAAGAGAGAAUACAGAAAGAGGAAACAUAAACAAGUCAUACAGCAACAGAGAGAGCAUACAGUAACAAGUGUUCAACAAUCUCAUUAUAACGAUAUUGAUGUUCUACACCCUGACUUCAGCUCUGAAGAUGAAGGACUUUCUCCGGGUAUGUCUCCUUCUGAUCAUGAAGAGGAGAAUGACCCAGAUGGUCUGUUUGCCUUCAGGAGGAAGAGGAACUGUCAUUAUCAUGCUCCAAUUUUAAAUCGUCUUGGAAACUGGCCUUGGUGCAGUCAAGAAGAUGGUGGAAUGGGAGACAAAAAAUACAGAUAUAACUUAACCUCCUUGUCUCAACCCCCUCGCUGUAUAGGAUUUGCACGUAGGAGGUUAGGUAGGGGAGGGAGGGUAUUGUUAGACCGAGCUUUCUCAGAAUUUGAUGAGCCAUUGUAUAGAUCAAACUUUUCAUCACAGAGUACAUCUUUAGGGGAAGAUUACAAUUCGUACAUCAGGGAAAAUAAAAUACCAUAUUUUCGUCCACAUUCACCCACAGAAGAAGAUCAUAAUUUUAUAGAUAGAAUUUCUGGUGAUAAACUAGAAGAAGAAUUUAAUCUAGAAAGUUUUCAAUCUCAUCGAGAACAAUUAUUACAAAUGCAGAGAGAUCAAGAAGAGCAGCUGUUGAAACAGACAACUUGUGACUUUGAAAGUGCUGGAUGUUCGGGUCUAGAUCAGUCUUUCUCAUCUCAGCCCACAUCCCGGUUUAUGUUAGAUUCUGCUAGUGCUAAAUUUGCUGUGUCAGCAGUUAUAAAUACGACACAGGUUCAGACUAAAAAAACUGGUGCUAUAUCAUCUUUAUUAUCAUCUACAUCAUUGCCAUUAGCAACAUCUUCAUUUUCACAACCAGCAGCAGUCUCAUUACAACCAAGUUCUGUUGCAUUAGCUAAUGGACCAAUAUCAGACAGUAAACCUACAGGUCUUUCAACAUCACCAGCAGCAACUGUUUUACAGCUGAACUUUCCAAUUACAAACAACAAUAAAAAUUCGUCCAAUCAUAAUUUGGUCACAUCGACCGCUACAAGUCUUUCAUCAGUGCUAAUGUCAACACAGUCAUUCCUGCCAGUCCAGACUAUUGGCAAAACUGUUCAAUCAGCUAACCAUGUCAAAAUAUCCCCAGGCAACUUUACACAUAAGUUAAUAAAGACAGAAGAUGGGAAGCUGAAUAGUAUAAUACAGUCUGAUAAAAUAGUGGCAAUGGAUGUAACCUGAGAGGAGCAUCAAAUGCUGUAGAAUGGUUUAUAGAUAGUGCUCUUCUGUCAUCAACAAACAAAAGCUAGUCAGAGGGAGGUAUCAGUCAGCUGACAACAUAAUUGAUGCCAUAUGCCCCAGGAAGAAAUGUAGUUCUGUCAUCAAAAACAAAAUAAUGAUUUUAAAUAGCUGCUAUGGAGAAUUUGAUGUGUAAUAGGACACUUAUUUUGCUUGCAUAUUUAUAAUUAUAUAUGUUAAGUUUUGUAAAAAUCAGGAAGAGAAAUUAUGUAAAAUUGCAUGCAGGAAGUAGUUAUUUAAUAUCAAACAUCAGCUAUAUCAUUGUUUUAAGAUUCAAAUAAUAUUUAAAGACAACAAAAAUCAUGUGUUGACAAUGUUAUUUCUGGUAAAGAAGAACAAAGGGGAUGGUUGGGGGACAGAAGUCAAAGGGAGAUUUUCUAUGUUCUUAUUUGUUAAAUAUAUUAUACUUUUAUUGUCUUGUGUUUGUAGUAAGAGUUUUGUUUCUGUGUAAUUUAAUUCUGUUUGCUAUGUGGUAUAUUUUUAACAAGGUCACCAUAUGAACUAGGUGAUCAUGUUAGUGCAAUUGCCUCUAUUAAAUAACAUAAACUUAACAGAAGUUUAAUUUCAUAGAUAUCUAGUAUUAGUAUGCUUUUCAGCAAAAACAAAGGGAGCUUGACCAAACUUAGAACAUUAAAUUGCUAGAUUAAGUUUCACAUUUGAGUUCAAUGAAUUAUUUUGGUAUCCAAAAUGAAUUGGAUGUUUCACAAUAAUUACCUUCUACUAAAUCAAUUUAUGCUUAGAUGUAAACUAUUACCUUAAAAAUUCUGCUCUUUAAAAGGUGUUGGAUUGAUCCUUGUUAUAAAAAACAAAAUUUCAUGGUCCUCUAUAAUUUGAGUCUUCCUAUUGAUUUUUUUUGUGUAACAAGCAGUGAAUGAAUAAUCAAAUACAUGCAUAUUUAACAAAACAUGCUUUCAUUUAACAGUAUUUAAUAAUGCCCAAUAAUUUCUUUUCUGUCAAUAUUUCACAAUGUUUUAUAACCCACCAACUUAUAAAAGAGUUGGCACACCAAUUUAAAAAGUGUUCAAAGCAUUCCUGAAAGAUAUUUGGUCAAAUCUAGUUCAACAUAAUUCUGUAAGACUUAUAUCAAGCUUUGACAAUUUUGUUUUAAGUAAUUUAAUGGCUUGCUAGGUAAAAACAUUUGUGAUGGAAGUCUAGGAAUCUGAUUGAUGACAUCAAAAAGAGAUCCUCUAUUUUUUGUAUAAUGAUUAUUUCACAGUGUCAUUUACUUCUAAGACAUUUUCAACUGGCAAUUACAUAAAUAUCUUCUAUUGUCUACAUGUUCUUCUUUUCACAUCUGAAUAAUGGUUAUAUCUAAAAAUGAUUUUAAAGAUUAUAUAAGGAUGUAGAGGUAAAUGUAUUAAAAAAAUAAACUUUGAAUGGUAAAUAACUAAUUUUUUUUUGCAAUUUGCAAUGAUGUUCAUAUGUAAAGUAGAAUCGAAAAAACUUAAUCACUGUGACACGCAGAAGUUCAGUAAAAAACAAUAACCAUCUCAAGUUUUAUAGUGCAGAAGUAAAUUACAACAAACCCAAUAAAUUCUUGGCAGUAAAAAAGAGGCGAAAGAUACCAGAGGGACAGUAAGUUUUAAAGCAUAUGGCAAUAUCAAGUAUGGUUUUAGGUGGUGCAAAACUUUAAUAAUCUUUUGAAUUUUGUCUAUAUUUUCUUUGAACUUUUUUAAUAAGAUGUUUAAGUUGCUUUAAUUCAGUAAAGUUUGUGUAUUAAGAUAGAAUGUAAUGAUCUCUUGUUUGAAUACUUUCUUCUGCAGUUAACUAAUGCAAACUGUAUUAAUUCUUAAGGAUAUUUUAUAUGCUUUCAAAAAUUAUUUAUUAGCUUUCAAAAUUCAAGACCAUGUAUUAGUCAUGUUAGUAUAACUGAUAGGCACCUUGUGUACUAAGGCAUAAUAUGAACGAAUCUUUCAUGUUGUAUGGUGUUUAAAAGAGGGAAUUGUAUAUUUUUGAACAAUUCGUUGUAGUAUAGUGUACAUCACUUAAAAGGGAACAAUAUUGUGUGCAAUUAUUUAUUUGUAGACUUAUGUGCAAUGUAAAUUUUUGUUUGUGUGUCUAUAAGUUAAGGUAUUAUUUAAAUGUGUGUCAAGACUUUGGAAGUUCAUUAAAUUGUUAUCUCAGCACAGGGUGAAGGAAUGCUUUUUAAAAUCAACAACAAGCUUGUGAAUAGAAAAUUUUAGCAUAAAAAUCUUAGGGUAUGAAAUAAAUAUUUUGUAUUUCAAAAGAAGGUUUGAACAGUCAGUUUUUUUUAAACAAUACUGCAUAUUUUUUCUUGUUGGUGUUCUCAAUUUUCAAGUUAUGUUUUUCUUUAAUGCUUUGCGCAUCCACCAAGAAAUUGUGGUUAAAACAAACUAAUUUAUUUUAUAAUUAUUCUGUAUGACCUUUAACUUAUUGGAUCUAUUUAUUCCUGUUGGAAGUGUUUUUUACAAUAUUAGAGUACAUGUACCUUACAGGUGUAAUACCAUCAAAAUUAAAAACAUCGAAUCUGGUUUCAUGUUAAAACAGUACAAAGAUAAAUAAUACCUGCAAUUUUAGUUGUAUAAAAUGAAACUUCCCAAAAAAAAUCCAGCUCUUAAACAUUUGCUUUUGGUGCUUUUCUUAUGUUUAAUUAUUUGCUAAUUUUUGUAAAAAAAUCAAUGUAGGUUAAUGAUGAGUUGACUUUCAUUAAAUCAAUGUCUAACAUACAAUGAUACUGUGCGAGUUUUUCACUUGAGCUUAGGAAAGAACUUAACUUUAUUCAGGCAUAGUAUUUCUGUAUUGGGAACAAAUGUAAAUUCUGAAAUUUUAUUGGGAAAAUUAUUGAUUAAACAUUGUGUUAGAAUGGUUUAAUGGUAUAACCCCUACAAAUUUCAUAUGGAUUAAAUAGUCCAUGGUUUAUAUUAUGUCAAUGGAAAUGACAUUUAUCAUGAUACCUAUAUUAAGAAUAUAUUAUUGUUAUAUUAACAGUCAUUUGAUGAUAACCAUUAAUAGUUAGUUUAAAAGUCAUAUUUUUAUCAAUUAAUUUUUAUAUAUUAUGUAGAAGUGCCUGGGUUUUUAAUACUUUUGUUAUAUUCAGUAGAAAACAAAUCUACCUCAAAUAAGCCAAUUUGUGUCAAAUUCCAUUUGGGAAAUCCAUAACUAAAGAAGGAACUGAAUUAAACUACCUGUAAGAAUAAAUAUUGAAACUGCUAUAACUUUGCAAAAUUCAGGUAAAAGAUGUUUCCUUAAAAUAGAUAUUUCAUAACAUUUAUAAAGAUGAACCUUUUUUUAAGAAACUUAUCAAGAAAUAGUUAUUGCCUUAAAAUAUCUUAAGAUGCAUAUAAAUAAAUUCCAUACAUGAGAAUGAACAAUAAGACUUUUAUUAGUAAAUUAUUUGAAAAUAUCAGCUAAGUUUUCUGAGCAGAUGCAGCACUAACAUGUCCAGUGGGAUCAAUGUACCAGUUUGUGCAAAUUAUUUUAUCCUUGUUUGUACUCUCGUUUCAAUUUAAUUCAGAUUGAACAAAUUAUAAGUACCCUUUACAGAUAAUAACUUGUGAGAUGGAUAUGUAGAAGUAUCUAUGGUAGUAGUAUCUUCAUCUUCGUAUUAAUUUCAUGAAUUUUGAUUUUUUUUUUAUCUUUUAAGUAUUAAUAUUUCAUUAGUGCAAUAUAAAUGGAGUCCCCAAGCCACCUUGAAAUUUAUUUUUUGCACUUUGUAUUAAACUCAGAAUUACUUGUACAAUCCUGACAUACUUGUAGUAGGCAAAACUUGUGUGCCAAAUUAAAACACCCAAAUGACUAGCCAUAAUUUAAGCCUUUUAUGAGGUGUAUGUAAAAAAGUAUUAUUAAAAUGCAAAUUUGAAGAAGAAGAAAAUAGGUUUAAUGUUUGAGGAACUGGAUUCAUAUUGGAUCUAGCCAAGGAUAUUGGCAGCUAUUUAUAAGUAAAAGGGGUCUCAACUUUUAAAACUAGAUAAAUAUAUCCUGCAAGGUGACAAGCAAACUGUUUUCAAUCAGCAUUUUUGUCAGUUAUAACUUUAAGACAGAUCUUAUGUUCUUGCUUCGAAAUAUGAAUUAAGGCAACAAUGUAGUUAUUCUUUGGGAGAUAAGAGUAGCCCCUUGACCGAAUGUGAAUCCUUUUUAACAUGAGAUUGUUGAGUAUGAGUGUUAUGAUUGAAAUAUAUAUAUCAGGGCUUAUUCUUGACAGUUACUUAAAUUAAAUUUCUGUUGUCACAUUGCUUGGGGAAAGAAGGGGACAGGAUUUUUUGAAGGAAGUAAUUUAUUUAUAUAACAAUAUUGAAAGGAAACUAGUAAGGACUUAUUCUGUUGCAAUUCAUAAAAUAUGAGUUCCAAGCUUUGAUGAACUAAACUGAAUUGAUAAGUUCAUGUAACAAUAACAAUAAAUGCUUUGAAAACAAAACUGAAUAGAGAAUCAUAGUUUGAGAGAGGAAUGAAUGUAGAUUAUCUCCCUUUGUUAUCUUCCUGUGUUGUAGAUAAUGUAAAAUGUGUUCAGCUGUGAUAGUCCACAAUAAAAGUGGCAGUAACCAAUCA